UGUGGUUGUUCAGCCAAAUGGUGGCCAAGCUGUUCAUGCAUUACCGUACCCUAACGGCAUAUACAAAAUUAUAGCUCGUGGAAGUCAGACAGCGGGUUUAUUUACGAUUAUUGAAGGGUUAGUGUACAUCAAUGAAGGAGCUCGAACCCAUUACCACAUGAAAGAAGAUGAAACAUUCUAUGUUGUUAACGGUACUCUUCAAUUUUAUGUUGCUGGUGAUCAAUUUUGUGCACCAGCCGGUACAACUGUUUAUAUUCCACGAAAUGUCACACAAUCGGUUCGAAAUAUUAAUUCAAAGCCAGCCCAUGUGCAAAUAUUAUUCGCACCGCCGGGCAGAGAAAAUUAUUUGGAACAAGUCAGUCCCAUAUA